GUGCACAGUCAGCUGACGAUGAGUCCUCAUAACGGCCUGAGCAGAACAGCGGCCGCAUUGCAGCGCGCGCCGUCCACCCAAACACACCGACGCAGGAACGCGGACUGACGAGCCAGGAAACAGCGCAGUCAUGCUGCUUUUAACUCUGCUUUUCAUCUCCUCAGCUGUAGCUACUCCUCUGUUGGGGACUGAACAGUGUGCGCGUGGCCCCCCCUACUGGUGUGAAAAUGUAAAGACGGCCUCUCUGUGUGGAGCUGUGGCUCACUGUCAGCAGAAUGUGUGGAACAAGCCUCAAAUGAAAUCUGUGCCGUGUGACAUGUGUAAAGAGGUGCUGAUGGUGGUGGAGCAACUGCUGAAGGACAACGCCACCGAGGCAGAUAUUUUGAAAUACAUGGAGAAGGCCUGCGAGCUCAUCCCGGAUCAGGGUCUGACUGAGCAGUGCAAGGAGAUGGUGGAUAGUUACUACCCUGUCCUGAUCGGGAUUAUCACAGGGGAGCUGGAGGAUCCUGGUGUGGUGUGUGCUGCCAUGGGACUCUGCAAGUCUCAGCAGGCUUCUUUGGCCAAGCUUCAUGCCCAGGAGCAGCUCACGUCUAAUGACAUUCCCCAGGUUGAUCUUUCCCAUCAAGUGGCUCCUUUCCUCCUCAACGUUCCCGGGCUGCUGUAUCCUCAGAACCUGGAGGAAAAGCAGGAGGUUCCUCAGCAGGGAGGUGACGAAGUGUGCCAGGACUGUAUCAAGUUCCUGACUGAUGCUCAAGCAGAAGCAAAGGCCAACUCCUCUUUUAUCAACUCUCUAAUCCAGAACAUUGAGAGUCAGUGUGACCUUUUGGGACCAGGCUUGUCUGAUAUGUGCAAGCAGUACGUCGGACAGUAUGGACCGGUUGUUGUUCAGCAGCUCAUGUCUAUGGAACAGCAACCCAAACAGAUUUGUUCCAUGGCUGGGUUCUGUUCUGAGGAGAAGAAGUCUGUCCCCAUGAUGACCCUUCAGGCUGCAAAAACUGUCCCUGCUGCUAAAAGCAUCCCCGCACUUAAGCUUUUCCCUGCUACGAAGGUGGAGUCUGCCCCAGCAAAGGGCAUAGUUCGUGUGAAGGAGUCUCCACAGUGCGCCAUCUGUGAAUUUGUGAUGAAGCAGGUCGAGUCCAUGCUGACGGAUCAGACCACAGAGGAGGAGGUAGUCCAGGCAGUGCAGAAGGUCUGUUACCUUGUGCCCUCGUCCCUCACCGCUCAGUGCAAAGACUUGAUCGAGACAUACGGACAGGCCAUCAUCGAGCUGCUGGUGCAGGAGGUCGACCCCAAGACUGUCUGCACAAUGUUGGGCCUGUGCAACGAUCCCAGCCGCGCUUACGUGGUUGCCCUGGACCGGCCCCGCUUCAAGGCUGGCGGCUACUGCGAGGUGUGCAAAAUGGCCGUGAGUUACAUCGAUGGAAUCCUGGAGAAGAACGCGACAGAGGCCGAGAUUGAAGAGGCUGUGAAGAAGGUCUGCAGCUUUUUGCCAGACUCCUACAAAACUGAGUGUGACCAGUUGAUUGAACAGUACGAACCAGUUCUAGUCCAGCUCCUGCUCCAGAUGCUUGACCCAGACUUUGUGUGCACGAAAGUGGGAGCUUGUGCUGAAGCUAAACGGAAGUUGCUGGGAAGAGAACAAUGUACCUGGGGACCUGGGUUCUGGUGCAAGAACAUGGAAACUGCAAAUAUGUGCAAUACUGUGGCUCACUGCAAACGCCAUGUGUGGGUAUAGAAACCACCCAACCUGUAGGGAACUGAAGAACUGCUGUAGUGCUGCUUCUUCCUUCUAAUCUGUUCAAUCGGCUCGAAUAACUGCAGCAAUGUUUGAAUUAAAUUUAAAACUCUGAAUGUGAUUGUGGAAAGGGACUGGACUUUGUUUUUAUCAUUGUGGGGGGGGUUGGAAGGGGGAGUAGUUACAUCUGUAGGCCUAAGCUGUGGUCUGCCUCAGUAAAAUGAAGUUCAGGGUGGGAAUAUGCAGUCUUCUUUUGUUUUUUGUAUUGCUUUAGUGAACAGACUUUUGUUCCAGAUGUUUUUACCAGAAUCACAUGCUUGCAGUGAUCACACCCCGAAAAACCAGAUGGACUUUCUUCUCAGAUGAUGUAACAAUCUAAGCAGUGUACUGAUUGGAAUAACUCUCAAUCGUAUGUGUGAUUCUUAACAGAUUCUUAUUUUGAUUUUUGCUGUGACCUCCCUUUUUUUGCACUCUUCCUGGUGGUUUUAUUUUAUUUUUUUUGUAAAUUUGUGUCCAUAAAGCAAGGAUCUCGAGAUUCAAAUGUCUGCUUCGGAGUUCCGGCUUAAACUGUUGGUUAAUUUGUAAACAAUGAAAGUUUAACAUUCUCUGAUAACUCAAAAGUACAAUAAAACUUGUCUUGUGAAAA